AUGGGUGAAGACAAAGUUACUUGCCUAAGCGAAAAGAAGAUAGCUGGAGAAAUCCUGACUCUGGUGUCUCUGUGCUUCAUGAUAGUCAUGCAGUGUGGAGACAUGGGGGGAUUGUUGGUGAACUACACAAUCAAGAUCAUUGUAUUUGUGAACUUCUUCUACCAGGCAGGGUCUUUUGUCUGGAGGUUCUUUAUCAACAUCCAAGAGCGAAAGUCGCUUGUGAACGGAGUGUUUAGCGUCAAGAACAUGAUAGAGGUGCUGUGUCUGUGUGCCCUAGUAUUGUACUUCAAGAAGGUUGUCGGUUUUCUCGAGGUCAAUAAGGAGAGAGCAGAUAUGUGUGUGAUUGCGGUUUCGAUGGGAUAUCUGCUGUCGAAGAUCCACGAGGUACUGGACUACUCCACACUGCAGUACCACUGGAGCAAAAUGAUAUUUUCGGCUGUAAUCAUCCUGAUGAUUGGAGCAGCCGUUAUCACCGAUGCCAGAGACGAUGGAGAAGAGGGAGUCUUUACAGAGCUUGCCUAUGUGGUAAGCGUUAUUUUGACGAUGGUCGAGCUAGCGAUCGAAGGAAGGGUCGUGGAGAAGGUUGUGUUCAGAUACAGGAUGUUUUCGAUUACGGUGGCGUUUCUACUUCUGAGUGUGGUAUCCUCUCCAGGCACAUAUCCUGUUGCAAAGAAGUACACCCUCAUUCUUAUCGGAUGGGUUACUGACCGAGUAAUAGAAUGGAUCUGGCCUCACCUUUCCAGGCUGAAGCAGAAGAUUCUCAGUGCAUCAAAGGAGCAGGUCCAAAGCUUUGUCAAGGAAUACACGAAGAAGAUGGUUCCAUCCAUUGUGAAAAGGACGGUGCAGGAGCAUAUCCCCAAUCUCAAAAACGCCAUUAAGGCCAAGGUCGAAGAACUUAUGCCGCAGGCAUUCUGGGAGCGUGUAGGCAAGCUUCCAAGCUCCUUCCGUGAAUGGUGGAUCAGACCUCCUAGCACUACGUCCUCUCCGACGGACGGCUCUCAACCAAUAGAAUUCGAUUAA